CACGACGAGGUGGGGGGGAAGAGUCCUUCAGAAACACGAGAAGAGUCGCUUUCAGAGGAGCAAGUACCAACAUGCCCAGAUUGCGGGACUUCCAAGCAGAUUGUAACAAUAUAUAAAAGUCGGAAAUUGAUCUUUAGCCACAGAGCUGUCUGGCGGCAAUGCAGCGACGAUGCGUUAUUACAUUCAAGAACGGGCUCUUCUGCAGAAACGUGUAAAGUUGAGCUAAACGAUUAAAUGAAGGCGUUUUAUACUGUGUUUAGUGGGCGCACAGCGGUUUUGCGCGUUUGCGUGCAACGUUCGCUCGUUAACGCUAAGCGAAAACACCAGUGAACGCUUCGCCGAUUCUGAUUAACGUUUAAUUUUGGGUUUCACACCAACCUUUAUUCAGAAUGAGCCAGUGUAAAGUCAUGAAGGAUGGUUAUCUGGAGAAGAGGAGUAAUGGACUUCUGCAGCUGUGGAAGAAGAAGCGUUGCGUUCUGUCAGAGGAAGGACUCCGUCUGUACGACAGUAAAGGCGAGAGCAGCAAAGAGAUGCGUUUCGAGCUGAUGACCACGCUGGACUGUGUGGAGUACAAACGGGGUCUGGUCUACUUCACCAUCGUGAUGAACGGCGGGAAGGAGAUUGACUUCAGGUGCCAGCAGGAGGGAACGGCGUGGAACGCGGAGAUCGCGCUCGCGCUGGUGCGCUUCAAAAACCGCGUCGCCGUUCAGACCGGCAGGAACAGGCAUUUGUCACAUCUGGGCAGCUGCGGGGAGGGAGACGUCGAGCUUUGAGGCCCAAACACAGCACUGGAUCCAGAAGAGAAAGAGAGACUGUGGACAAGAAAAUGAAGGCCCAUUGUUAAGGAAACACCGGAUGAAAGGCUUAUUCUGAACUCGUAUAUAUCUUUUGUACUUCCACCUUUUUUCACAGUGACACCUUUCGGCACAGUGGACGGAUUUCUGGAUGUUUUCGAAAAAGAUUUCAUGCACUUUCACUGCAUUAGUCAACAAGGAAAAGCGAGACUCAAUGGUUUGCUCUUCACCACAAUUCAACGCUUCACUCCUCACAGUGCCAGAGUGGAUUUCGGUGGCGACUUUACACUUUUGAGAGACGUUCUGACCUCGCGUGACAUGGAGGACUCACACUCAGUAUUAUAACUGAAAGCAUGAUGCUGCUUCAGGAGACAUUAGCCAUAGAUGAAGUAUGACUCACAACUGCACUCUUUAACAUUUCAGAAGUAUUUGAACAAGGGAUCUGGAUUCGUUCCCUCGCAAAGGUUCUUCAAUCGCACGGCAGACUGCUUUCCCUUGGAAUGCAUCCCGACUGCAUGGAAAACUUGAUGGAUGUGUUUUUAUUUUGUUUUCCAUUGGGCAAUGCUGUUAUUGCCACAAUUUUCUGCGUAUUCUUACCCAGAGCGCUUGCCAAAGUUAAAAAUAGUCGUCUCUGUGAUGGUUUAAGAAGAUUAAAAAGGAAGUGUUUAAUUUUUGUUUAACAAAGCUCGUUAUCUCAUUACGUACACAUUGUGCAAAUAAAAAAGAAAAAGAAAAA